UUCACUCAUAAAUUGGUUCAAAUUUUAUUAUUUAUUUGAUUCUUUUGAGAUUAUUUUUUAAUUAUAAUGAGUUUAUGGGAGAUAUUCUUAAAUGCGAUCAAUGAUGUUAAGCUUGGAUUUCUCAUUUCAAUGGUAGUGGGUUAUAGUUUUUAUCGACUAUCUAAAAAAAAUACUGCUCCUGCUAGUCAACCAAAACUUCCAAUAGAUCAUGUGGUUAUUCAAGAAAAUAGUGAUGAUGGUGAAUAUAAGAUGGUACUUGUUGUCAGAACUGACUUAAAAAUGGGCAAAGGAAAAAUUGCAGCUCAAUGUUGUCAUGCUGCAGUUAGUAAUUAUAAAUCAGCUCGAAAAUAUAAAGAUCUCUUAGCUGGAUGGGAGGAUUGUGGUCAAAAGAAAAUUGCAGUCAAAGUUGAUUCUCUUGAAGAUUUACACACUGUAGCAAGUUGUGCACGAUCUCGUGGUCUUAUCGUAAACGUGAUAGCAGACGCUGGACACACCCAAGUAGCUGCUGGCUCACAUACCGUAUGUGGUAUCGGUCCAGGUCCAUCUAAUCUUAUAGAUGAAGUUACUGGGCAUCUGAAAUUAUACUAAUUACGUGACAGAGUAAAGUGUUUCAGGGGGGUAUCCACUGCAUUCCUCAGGUACAGCCAUCUUGGAAUGUGACCCCUGAUCCAAUCCUUGGGCCUGGUAUAUUAUCGGGCCUGUUAAGAGUGGGGCCAACUGGGCCUGAUAGUUACAUGUUACAUCAACAGAACAGCUGAAGUGAACU